AUGGCGAUGUUUCAGGUGCCCACCAGGCCAGCCGGUCAUGUCCACGUAGAGUUCAGGGCAGGGCGCAUGGAUUGGGAUGGGCGAAUGGUGACAGCAGACAAGCGAAAGGGCAAGAUUCUGCUGUACACCUCCGAAGAAGACCAGUUGACGCAUUUCCAGUGGAUGGAUCGGAACAAGAACGAGGUAGUUACAGAUCUCAUCGUCAUCAAUGAUGCCUACAUGGAGAAAGUCCAGAAAUGCACUUCCGGCCGGGCAUACAUCCUUCGCUUCACUUCCUCGGACAAGAAAAUGUUCUUUUGGAUGCAAGAGCCCAGCGAGGACAAGGAUGAAGAUAACAUCAAGAAAUUCAAUGAGGCAAUUGGUGCCACGAUCCCAGACAAAGACAAAGCCGAGAAGAAGCCGGCAGAGGAUGCUGCCCCUCCCGCCGGGGACUCAGGUGGUGAGGCAGGUGCUGCUGCGCCUGGGCCGGCAUAG